AUGCGUCGCAACGAGUCCCCAGUGGUCGUUCGUCGCCGGCGUGCAUCACGCCCUUCCAUCCUUGUGUUGGGAGAUGCCAAACCAUCUGCACGUCUCAUCGAGGAGGUGGUCAUGACCAAUUUGGCUCAACUUCUUGAGCUCUCUCCAGCCUAUCUCGACAAGAACAACAGCUUCAUCGGUCUUGGCGGCCAUUCACUUCUUGCUGUCAAGUUGUCCAAUGCUUGCAAAUCCGCUGGCAUUGAUCUUUCCUUGAGCAAUAUACUUCUGAGCGAGUCCAUCGAUAAGCUUUUGAACUCUGCCACCUCUUUCGAACCGUUUACGCCCAACUCUCCAAUGUCCCCUGCCAUGCGCAGAAGGUCGGUCCAGUUCUCCAAGUUCGAUGCAUUUUCCCACUCACUGGUACCGGGGUCGCCAACCUCCCGCCGCCGCCCUUCUCUUGUACCAAUAUCGCCAACUACAAUUCGCCGUCUUUCUUCGACGAUGCUUCCGGAUUCGGACAACACAUUCACCUUGACUGACAUGCAACUCUCCUUCAUCCACAGCUACAAGAAAAGCCCUGGCACCAACAUCAUCAACUUUAUCGAGACGUAUAACAACACCGACAUCCCCGCUGUGAAAGCGGCAUGGAAGACCGUCAUCGAAGGCGAGUCCAUUUUCCGCCAAAGCUUCGAUAUCGAGGCUACUGAUAGUGGUCGUCGACCAUCCAAGACUAGCUCUUUCCACUGGAACGACAUCAUCUGCGCAUCUGAUAAACACUUUAAGCACGAGAUGGAGAGCCACAAAGCUCCCGAAAAUAUCGAGUGCUCUUUUGAUUGUGUUACGUACCCAGAGUCAGACACCAGCACGAUCGUGUGGAGAGUGCAUCAUGCCUUCAUAGAUGGCAUGUCAGGCCAGUUGAUGUACGAAAAGAUGCGAAAGGUACUCGGGGGUGAGCCUAUCACAUCCGGCACACCUUUCUCCGCUGUGGCCCACCAGAUCAAGGCUCUUCAGCAGGCUACUCGUGAAAACAACCGGACUUUCUGGAAGGAGCAGAUGGACAAGCAUCCUCAGCCAGUUGGUGAGCUCGCCCUCAGUGAGCCUAGUGUUCCUGACUCCACCGCUGCCAUCGAGGAGGUGUCCUUCAACAUCCCGCUUGCGAAGAUAGCCAAGGCAUCGCGCGAGGCCGGUGUCUCACUUAUGGCCUGGUAUCAAGCUGCGUGGGCGAUGACGCUCUCCAUGUACACCGACUCUGCAUCUGUCGUCUUUGGAACUGUACUUGCAGGCCGCAAUCUUCCUGUGAAAGGUGCACAUGACACAAUCGGUCCGCUUGUCAAUACGCUGCCCUUCCAUAUCACGAUCGAUCCGAACCAGUCCGUGGCUGGCUUCUUACGAUCCGUCUUUGCGCACUCGGUUGCUCUUCAGGAUAUGCAGUGCUCGGCACCCGAAGAUGGCUUCACCAGGAGUUUCGCCUCCGCUCUUGCCAUGGAAAUGGAUUUCGCGUUGAACGACCAUCAAUCUCGCCGUCCGAUCGGUACUUCUCGUUUCAAUAUCAUACCUGACAUGCCGUUGUCAGUUUACAUGAGCGCCAAAGGCACCCUGCGACUUUGCUACAAGCCUUCUCGCUUCUUGGAGGCUGAUAUGAAGAUCCUUGCUGCACACUUUCGGAGAGCCAUGUUGCUUCUGCUCAAGUCUGACAAGCCAAUGAACAACCGCAUGUCCCAGCUCUUGACCCGCGAUUGCAAGGAGACACUCAAGGAAUAUGGAAACUGCCUCACUGACGACACUUCUCUUAUCUCCAUCAAGGAUGACCUCGUCACCCUUUUCGAGAAGGCUGCAAGGGAGAACCCGACUGGAGCUGCGAUUGAGAAGGCUGGCAUCUCUUUGACCUACGCCGAAUUGGAUAGACUUGCGAGCGCUCUUGCGAAGAAGCUGGAAGGUUAUAUUCAGCCCGGCGAGGUCGUUUGUGUCCAUGCCGACCGCUCGAUCAACUGGAUCGUCGCCAUCUACGGUAUCUUUAAGGCUGGUGGAGUCUACUCGGCGCAGGAUGCAGCACUGCCAGCCCACAUUCGCGACAUGAAUUUUCAAACAUCUGGCGCGACCUUGUUUUUGACUCCAGCAGAUUCUCAGAAGUAUAUCAAACCCGACUCCUGCAACUUGGUCCUUUCGGUUGAAGAACUCGUGCUCAAACAGCUGCCUACUGAAUACCAGGGUUUACCUCAUCGAACGACUCCCCGCAUCAACGACAACGCGUACCUGUGUUUUACAUCAGGCUCCACUGGAAAGCCCAAAGGCUGCAUGUGCCAUCAUGCCGGACUCGUCGCGUUUCAAAAAGAUCCAGAGGUGCGAUUCUUCGCCGCUCCUGGGGUGCGUAUCGCGCAAGUCAUGUCUCCCGCAUUCGACGGAAGCAUCCACGAGAUCUUCUCCGCGCUAUCCUACGGUGCAACACUCGUCCUGACCGAUGGAAUUGACCCCUUUGCACACAUCAAGAAGUCAAAUGCCGCACUCCUGACUCCUUCUGUUGCGAAAAUUCUGGAGCCACGUGACUUCCCAAACCUAAGAACUCUCUACGUUGUCGGCGAGCCAGUACCACAGUACGUCAAUGACCUAUGGUCUAGGCAUGUAAAUCUCCAAAAUAUGUACGGUCCAACCGAAGCGACUUGCGGUGCAACGAUCCAAAAGCUCAGCCCAGGACGUAAGGUCACCAUCGGUGCGCCAAACCCGACCACACGUAUCUACAUCCUCGACAGGAAUCAGCAGCUCGUUCCACCUGGCGUGGUCGGCGAGAUCUACUGUGCUGGCGUACAGGUUGCCCGUGGAUAUGUUGGCCGUCCUGAACUGACUGCUGAAAAGUUCUUACCUGACACCAUCGAGAAGCGCCCUGGUGAGAUGAUGUAUCGCACGGGUGACCGUGGUUUCUUCAACCACAACGGAGAAGUCGAGUGCCUUGGAAGGAAUGAUCGCCAGAUUAAGCUCCGUGGCUACCGAACCGACUUGAACGAUAUCGAGAUGCGUGUUGCACAGGGCAUUCCCGAGUGCACUGCGGUCGCUAUUUGCCAGAAAGACGACUACCUUGUCGCCAUGAUCCAGCCCGAAACCCUCGAUAUGUCUGAUGUCAGGGCGAGGGUAAUGAAGACGGUCCCGAUUCAUGCUGUACCGCGAAUUAUCCGCGCAGUCGAGAAGUUCCCCUUUACGCCAGCUGGCAAGAUCGACUACAAGAAGAUUGCCGAAGUGUGCACUACUGCUGCCCCGGUGGCUGCAGCUACCAAGCUUUCGGUCACUGAGAGCCAAAUUGCGCAGGUCUGGAGGGAUCUCCUCGCUCUUCCAGAGACGGACAAGAUCAGUGGGGAUUCGAACUUCGCUGAACUCGGUGGCCACUCCGUACUACAACUGCGUCUCGCAAGCAAGUUGUCAAGUGUGUAUAAGCAAAACAUCCCCAUGGCUAAGAUCAUCGGCGCGAGCACUCUCUCAGACAUGGCCAAGAUCGUCGACGAGAUCAAGGGCAGCGCUAAGUCGGAAGCUAACUCAGGCCUGAUUCCACUUGGACUGAAUAACGUCGCUCCCAUUGAAGCGGAGUGGGUCAAGAAGUACGAGAUCCAGCGCGGUACCUCGGCCUUCAAUGUCACCUUUGCUGCCGCCAUCGACGAAGAGAAGAUUGAUGUCGACCAUCUUGCAGCCUCCUGGAAUGCGGUCCUGGCUCGGUAUCCAAUCUUCCGCAGUCGGUAUCAUCCUAGCGAAAAGCACCCUCAUGGCGUUUCUCGGCAGCUCUCUAGGUAUUGCCCACAGGUAGUAAGACUUGAUGAGGACAGCUUCGAUCUCUGGCGAGAGGUUAACAGGCCGUUCCAUCUUGACCGCCAGAACCCGAUCCGCGUCUUCAUUACCGAGUCGACUAUGCUCGCAUCCAUGAGCCACAUCAUCGCUGACUUGACGACCCUGCAAGUGGUGCUCAAGGAGGUCAUGCAGUUGUACAACGAAGAGGCUCUUCCUCGAGUGCAGAGAAAGUAUGCGGAUACCGUUCAAUGGGCCAGUGAAGCCACUGAUACACAGAAGAAGUGGUGGCAGGAGUACCUCCAUGGUAGCGAAGCCAGUCAGCACCUCGUCUCACAGCUUCCCAAGCGCAGCGCAUACGACGGUGUCACGCGUCUGACCCAACUUCCCAAGCCGAUGGCAAAGCGUCUUCUCCAGUACUCGAUGCAGAACAAAGUGACACUGCACCAGAUGGCACUUGGUGCCGUCGCACUGGCCUUGCAAACUGAUAGCGACAACACCGACAUGGUCCUGGGUGGUCCGUACUUCAACCGCGGCGCCGACGAUGUUGAGACGGUCGGCCUCUUCCUCGAGCCCAUCCCGAUCCGCAUCCAGCACAGCAACGAGAAGGGGUCAUUCAUGUCCACCGUCCAGUCUGCCAGUCAAUCCGCAAUCGCCAACGCAAUCCCAUGGAACCAGAUCCUUUCAGCCGUCGGAAAAGCCGAGCCCAGCUUCCCCAACCACUCCCUCACAGACGUAAUGGUGACCUUCCACGACGAUCGCACGGCACCCAAGCUGCCUAUUGAAGGUAUAGAUCCUCUGGUCACUUAUACCAAGGGCUCCAAGUUCACUCUGCUCGUCGAGUUCUGCGCCGUUUCCGAGGACACUGUGCUUCUGAGGCUGGAGUACGAUAACACGCUCAUUUCCGAUACGGAGAUCCAGCGAAUCUGGAACCUGCUGGAGGAGGCGUUGGAGUCUAUUGUUGCUGGAAAGAGCUAUACUGAAAUCAAGGAGCGACUGCGGAAUGUCAGUCUAAACGAAAAGGAAGAUAGCGUGGUAGAGAACUACUUCGGGAAGAGCUUUGCCGCCUUCAAGAACUGA